AUGGGACACAUUCGUGUUGUUGUUGUUGCCGGUGAGUUCUUUUCUUGGGCACCGCGAUCGCACUCGUAGAAGACGGUUCGACCGUCGUUACCGACGAUGUCCACCGUGCGUUCCACGGCAAGGUGAAACCGGGCACGGUGACUUGUGCGUGAGUUAGUUUAUAAUGGUAGUAGGCCUGCACAGCAUCUACCGCGCUCUCUUCUCCUACUCCCCACCUGAACCCCGUGUCAAGGCAGAGUCGAGAAAACACAGACCUCCUCGCACAGGCAUGUGCGGCUUCAAGUCCCAUACUUCGCUUGGGCGCGAGAAGCAGCCACACACGACAGUGAAACCGUCCCUACCGACGAUGUCCAUUGUUUGUCCAGUAGCAACGUGGGUCCAAGGGUGGUAACUUGCACAAAAAAUUAGUUCAUGCUGAUAUCUGAUUAACGCUUCAUCCUCCACACUCACCUCUCAUACAACUGAGUCCGCUGUCAUUAGAAAGUCAAGGCGACUGGAGGUGAAAUCGGUCGCAUUGGCUGAUAAGUCUGAACAACCCUUUGGGCAUGUCACACUUGCCUUGUCCACGAACAAUGGACCAUGCUUAAACAAAACAACAACCUACUCGGGGUGCCACUGAGUCCACAUUAAGAUGGUGCUGUCGCAUCCUAAUUCUCCGUCCUGGUGGAAGACAGAGUUAUCUAGGCAGUUGAAAACCCUCAAGAAGGCAAUUAUUAGCGUAUUGUAUUAAUUUAAAGACGCGUCAGAUUGUUUAUAGUGAAUGAUCUCAGCUAGAUGCGUGGGGACGCAAUGUCCGGAGUCGACCUAACUCCCACUCUCUCUCUCUCUCUGCUCUUCCAGGCAUCAGUCAACUGUCGGAGCCGGCCAGUCAUCUGAUGCGGGAAUUAGGUACAGUUGGCUGACAGAAAUAGACAACCAGUCUAAACGUGACACACGUGACCUGACAACCAAGACAACACCAGGUUUUCACAUAAAGAGGAUGGGUUGCUCGGAUCUCAUAUGCGUUAAAGUACCACAGAUGUUAAAUGGAGAUAGACCAAAGAACAUGUAUCUCGCUAGCGUGAGAGGUGCAAAUUGCGUGCUCAGAUUGAGUGGUGUAGAGCAGAGUCAUUUGUUAGAGAGUGAGAGAGAGGACUGCUUUAUUUUGAAAAUAACUUUCAAAACUUUCAGCAAAAACGGUUCUCCAGUACACAGUGAUUACCAUAGAGAUUAACAGGUUUUUGGACAGACAGGUGGACAUGAUUAUAUAUGAAGAAAAAAGGACUUUAAGGUGCAAGAUCGAGUUUUAGUUUUUGUUUUUCAACAUCUUUGCAGGUGAGAUACCGGGCUAGAAAUGGCAGUAUGGAAUUCCGAUAGGCCGAAGUGCGGCAAGGGAUGUGGCGGAAGCAUCGACGCGUGGGGCGUAAGGAUUUCGCAGCCAUUAACUCAUUAUGAAGGGGAUGGACGGUGUCAUUCAGAAUGCGGUCAGCGAAUUGCUCCACCGAGUUGAAAUGUCGCUGCACGAUGAUAUCAACUAAAAGAUGAUAGGAAACAGCAGCAGCAGAGGCGAGCAUUCGAAUGACACGCUUAAAAAUAAUUAGAUCUUUUUUAAGUAAAGCUGGAAAAGUAACUGGAGAACAAUAAAGAAUGAGUGGAAGAAUACAGCCAUCUAUGAAUCGCCAGAUUAAGGACUGGGGUGUGUGAUAUGAACGUAGACGACGAAUAUAAUAAACAAGUUUUUGAAUUUUUGUUAAAAGGGUUUCUAUAUGAAGAGAGAAAGAGAGAUUUGAGGAUAAAGUAACACCUAGGUACCGGAAAGAAGAUACCUCAUUGGGAAGAAUAUCCAAAGGUUCAGGAAUGGGAGAGGGUCGCAAUCGAAACACACACUGUACUGAUUUCUGAUUGUUGAGUAGGAGUCCAUUAUUCGACGACCAUGCGGAGACGUGGUCUAAGCCAUCCUUUAAAGACUGUAGGUGAGUCAGGUUUUUGAGUGGGUGGCCUACGACCAUGUCAUCGGCAUACUUAACAUACAGGCAGUCGUUUGGCGAUCUCAAAUCAUCAGUAUGUAGGGAGAAAAGAUCAGGGGAUAAGAUAGAACCUUGUAGAACUCCACAAUUGUUUGGAAGAAUAGAAGAUUUUCUCCUUCCCGACUGGACAAACUGAGUGCGGGAGGAAAAAUAAUCUCUAAGCCAAGAGACAACCCAGCUCGGAGUGUCGCACGCAGUUGCUUUGGUCAGGAAGAGUUGGCGCGGAAUAGUGUUGAAGGCGGAUGAGUAGUCGAGAAAAGCACAUGCAUAUGCACGGCAUCCCUUGUCUAAGUCUCUCAAAGCUGAAUGAACAACUAAAGCAACAGCAUCCAAUGUGCUACGCUUUGCCUUGUAUGCAAAUUGUAGAGGAAGUGUGCGGUGAUGAAGUUUGGCCUGCGGCGUACCAUCGCAGGUUUUACUGGAGACGCAUAUGGCCGAGUAGAUAAAUGCGGCGAAUGAAUAUCCGUGGACAGUGUGGCAAGUUGAGGUGAGGGAGACAUGCGUGUGUAUGUGUUGAUGCGUCUAGCACUAGUUUGCCAGUCUCAAUUUAAUAAAUUCGCAAUUAACCGGCCAGGCCGAUACGAAGGUGAACGCACGACUGCAGUGGGGAAAGGUUUGGAUCGAUUCCUCAAUACUGAUGGUGGGGCGUUGGUGGUGAGUAUGGCUGUUGACGGGACGUAGGGAGGGUUGUCACCGGUGGUGGAGGUGAGAGGGGACAUUAGUUGUCUCGGGGAUUUUGACAGGGAUGGAUCUAAGGGUGGAGGGCGACGGUGCACCUGGCGUGUGCUCACCGGUGAUGAUGAUGAUGAUGAUGAUGAUGAUGAUGAUGAUGAUGAUGAUGAUGAUGAUGAUGAUGAUGAUGAUGAUGAUGAUGAUGAUGAUGAUGAUGAUGAUGAUGAUGAUGAUGGUAGUGGUGGUCAUCGCCGUCAUAAUGGCGGCCGUGGGAGUUGUGGCAGAGUGGCGAUAGAGGCAUUUGAGAAGACAGCAGGGGAUUUGUCAUGCUGUUAG